AUGGGGAAGGCAAGAAAAUGGAUCAAGAAUUUGUUGGCCGGAAGAAAAGACAAACAAGCCGUCGAUGCAACCCAAACACCACCCACUUCCGUCGCACCGGCAACUCCUAAGGAGAAACGUAGAUGGAGCUUCCGGCGGUCAUCCGCCACAGCUCCCACAAGCACAACCACCAACUCCAUAGACGUAAUCUCCUCUGCACCACCAUCGUCAUUAGUACAUGAAGCAGAAAAUUACGAGCAGAAGAAGCAUGCUCUGGAGAUGGCCUUUGUCGCUGCAGCUACUGCAAAUGCAGCAGCCACAGCCAUAAUUGUCAAGCACACUGCUGCCACAAAGAUUCAAUCCGUUUUCAGGUCCUACUUGGCAAGAAAGGCUUUGUACGCUUUGAAAGGAUUAGUGAAGCUCCAGGCGCUGGUGAGGGGUCACUUGGUACGGAAACGGGCGACUGCGACGCUCCGGUGUAUGCAAGCGUUGGUAACAGUUCAGGCCCGAGCUUGUGCCCGACGAAGGCGCAGUAACGAUGGAGUUGACUCUUAUAACUACGGGUGGCCGGACUCUGAACUUUAUCAGGGUUUCAGAACUCCGGACGUAUCCGAAGAGCACAUCAAAAUCGUAGAAAUGGACACGAGAAGUACUAGAAAGAGUUACUCCAAAGAACGAGUCUCCAUGCACUUCUCGCCUGCACCAUCGGAGCCAAGUCCGAGGGCUUACUUACGUCACUUUGAGGAAUUUAGAUUGGCGUCCGCUCAAGGUAGCCCUACCAUGAAACCUGAUUAUGCCGAAUCACUCUACGAAUUCCCAAGUUACAUGGCGAACACAGAAUCAUCGAGAGCAAAAGCACGAUCCCACAGCGCACCGAAGCAGCGACCGGCUGAUUUUAGUUCUGUGUAUGAGAGACAGUCUUCUAGCGUCGCUAGACGGAGGCCUUCCAUAGAAGGAAGGAACGUCCCAAGAGCUGUCAAGAUGCAGCGGUCUUCAUCUCAUCUGGGUUCGAAUCCAGGUGCUCAAAAUCACUAUCCAUGGUCAGUCAAGCUAGACAAGUCAACUGCUUCUCUUAUAGGAAGUGAAUGCGGGUCAACAAGUACAGUUUUAACCAACAUCAAUUACUGUCAAUCACUCAUCGGAUUUGAUACUUAUCGUCGAAACGAAUACUGA